AUGCAGCGAGCAUCUUUUGCGAGAGCAGCCUCGACUGCGUGGGCAACUCCACUGCGCUGUACUACCACUAAUGUCCAUACUCAUGGCCUGGGGUGGAGAUCAGCGCCGCUUUGGAGACGCUCGCCAGUCGGUGCGCGGUCGACGUCCUCGGUUAAGUCUGGACAUAUCCAGCUUGAAGAGAAUGAGGGUAUUCUCUAUGUGAAUACUCCAGACAUUUUCCCUCAGCGACUCCAAUGGUUCCUGCGGGGUCCCCUUAGCCAUAUCCAACCUCUCGAAGGAAUCUUAAAGAAGAUUAACAACCCCAAUUUCGCUGCAUCGGACCCCACGCGCAUCGCUGAGCGGGCACUGCCAAAGGAACUAGGCCUUGAAAUCAAAGAAGUGGUGACUCGCUACAAAGAAGGUGGUGCAUUCGUCAAGUAUGCACGGAAUCCCGGCGUCAGCGACGAGGAGGUCAAAGCCGCAGCUCAGGACUACAUCGCGAAGAAUCCCAUCAGGCCCUGGUUCAAUCCAUUUCAAACCGCUGAUGCAGAUCUGGUACGUGGGCGACCUUGGAUUGAGGAUCUAUAUCGACUUCCCAGCCAAACCUUGAGAGUGGAGUUCUUGCCCGAUUCCACUGAGGGUCCUGCUGGAGAAUUAACACAAGAAGCGCUGUAUUCUCUUUUUCGUCCCUUUGGAAAGCUACUGGAUAUCCAGCCACAGCCUUCUGAUUCCAAGAUCGCACCAAGGUACGCCACUCUGCGAUUUAGUCGACCCCGGUACGCGGUGAUGGCAAGGAACUGCAUGCACGGGUAUACUGCCUUUGAAAAAGAGGGUGGUGGCAAGACAGGCACUAGGUUCAAAAUCAACUAUGAGCGCAAGAUCAAGUUCUCUAUGAUCAAGGAUUGGCUCUUCAGCCACCCUAGACUUGUGAUCCCCGCCGUGGCAGCACUGGUGGCCACAAUCACGGUCAUUAUCUUCGAUCCUAUCCGUACCUUCUUUAUCAAAAUGAAGAUCAAGUCCACCCUCCACACUGAGGAUAACGCGGUUUUGCAGUGGAUUCGCAGACAAGCAGACAAGGCCAACAUGCUUUACUUUGGCCACCGCAAAGCAGAUCCUCGGGGUCUAUCUGCCAUCUGGGAAGACCGGCAGAAGGACAUCAACCAGCUGCAAGCUUGGCUUACUGAGACGGCGGAGACAUUCAUCGUUCUUCAUGGUCCCCGUGGCUCUGGAAAGCGAGAGCUUGUCUUGGAACAGGCACUGAAGGACCACAGCUACAAAGUUGUUAUCGACUGUAAACAAAUCCAGGAUGCUCGCGGCGACACUGCCAAGAUCUCUCGAGCAGCUGCGCAGGUUGGCUACAGACCGAUCUUCUCCUGGAUGAACAGUAUCAGCAGCUUCAUUGACUUGGCAGCGCAAGGAAUGAUUGGUACCAAGGCUGGCUUCUCGGAGACUCUCGAUGCACAGCUUAGCAAGAUUUGGCAAAACACUGCAGUUGCUAUGAAACGAGUCGCGUUGGAUGGCAGGAAAAAGGAUGAUAAGGAUGCAAACCUGGGCGAGGACGAGUAUCUCGAAGCACACCCUGAGAAGAGACCUGUUGUGGUCAUUGACAACUUCGUCUAUAAUUCCGAAGACAGUGUUGUACUGGACAAGCUCACAGAGUGGGCCGCUGGUCUGACCACGGCCAACAUUGCCCAUGUUAUUUUCUUGACCACUGAUUCAUCCUUCGCGAAGCCUCUCAGUAAAGCUCUUCCGAACCAGGUCUUCCGCACUAUCACCCUUGGUGACUGUUCGCUUGAUGUUGGCCAUCGCUACGUGAUGAGCCAUUUGAAUUCUGGGUCCGCGGAAGAUAAAAAUGACCCAACCCAGAAUGAGAAGCAGUCCCUCGAAGGACUCGAUGACUGCAUUAAGGUCUUGGGUGGAAGAGUCACUGAUCUGGAGUUCAUGGCUCAUCGGAUUGAGGCUGGAGAGACCCCUCAAGCCGCUGUGGACCGAAUCGUCGACCAGUCCGCCUCAGAGAUUAUGAAAAUCUUCAUUCUGGGAGGCGAAUCAGCCUCACCCCAAUGGUCACGCGAGCAGGCAUGGCACCUCAUCAAAUCAAUCGCACAUGCCAAGGACGGUGCCCUGCUAUAUAACAAGGUCCUCCUUUCCGAUCUGUUCAAAAGUGAUGGCGAGGCAACUCUCCGAGCCCUUGAGCAAGCCGAGCUCAUCGCCGUCGGAUCUGAGCGAGGCUUCCCACGAUGGAUCAAGCCCGGCAAGCCCGUCUACCGAGCUGCAUUCCAGCGUUUAACUGAGAACAAAACCUUAGAGGGCCGCCUGGAUCUGAUGAUUCUCGCGCAGCUGAUCAGCGACGAAAACAAGAGUAUCGGCAAGUAUGAGGAGGAGUUGCAGGUGCUCGGCUCGCUGCCAAAGCAUCCUUGGGAACUUACCUCGCGCAUCGAGUGGCUUCUGCGCAAGGUGCAAGGAUCGCAGACAAAUAUCCAGAAGUACGAAGCCCAGAGCGCUAUCUUGAAGAAGAUGCUACAGGGCGAGAAAUAA